AAAUUGAAAUUUUCAUGUUUUUGAUUCAACUGGCUGCUUGUGCAUAGACAGAGUUAUAUAGUUAAUUUAUAUAUCUUUUGUCGAAUGAAGUUCUUUGUCGGCAAGUUUUUGCUGUAUGUUUACUACGAUAGUUCUAACUUCUGUUCGUAAUAGAUACACGGUUUCGAAAUGGCUGCGAACCGGGAAGAAACAUUGAGACAAUUCUGCGACGUGACUGGUGCGGAUGAGGAUAGAAGUAAAUUCUUCUUAGAGUCCUCCAAUUGGCAGCUCGAAGUAGCAUUAUCGAGUUUUUAUGAACACGGUGGAAACAUUGAUGAUGCGCCUGCAAAUGCAGCCCCAACUUUGGCAUCGCCACAGCCAAUGUCGGAAAGUGAUUUGGAGUCACCACCAGGCUCACCCGAGAAACCAAAGAAAAAAGAUGUUAAGAAAAGGACGAAUACUAAGUUUGCUACACUGGAUUCUUUGCAUCAAGACAGUUCAAGUGAUGAAGAGGAAGGGGAAGCAUUUUACGCAGGAGGAUCUGAGAGGUCUGGACAACAGAUUAUAGGCCCAGGAAGAGGUGUGACGGAUAUUGUCAAUGAUAUGUUUAAAAGUGUCAGAGAACGUGGGGCGGCAGUAGCUUUAGACGGUGAGUCCACUUCAUCCGGUCGCGGGCGCGGUGGCGGUUUAUUCGGCGGUGUUGGAUACAGGCUUGGUCAGACGUCGGAUGACCACGAGGAAGUGACACCACCAAACACAACCAAACAGGAUGACGGACGUAACGUGCGGCUCAGACUGUACCGCGAAGGAUUCACCGUGGACGACGGUCCGCUGAGACAUUACAUGGACCCACAGAAUGCCGAAUUCUUGGCGUGUAUACGUAGAGGUGAGGUUCCUCAAGAGUUAGUGGGGAGGGGACAGGUGCGAUUGAGUCUCGAGGAUAAAAGACAGGAAGAGGCUCCGAGGAAUGUACCAAAGUCGCAGCCCUUCAGCGGCAAGGGACAUCUACUCGGCAGUCCGACUCCGGCCAUCGUCGGCGCCGCAGAGCCCGCGCCUCCUGCGCCGGCGCAGGACCGGACCCAACACCUGCGACAGGCACAGCUCAUUCUCGCCACCGAUGAUCAAAAACCCACCACCACUAUACAGAUUCGUCUGGCUGAUGGCAGCCGGGUGACGGGUCGUUUCAACGAGAGCCACACAGUGGAUGACUUGUACCAGUACGUGACGAGGGCAGAGCCCCAGUACGAGGCGCGGCCAUUCAUUCUGCUGACGGCGUAUCCCAGCGCCGAGCUGACCGAAGCCGAUCGCGCGCUCACUCUAAAGGCUGCUAAUUUACUCAACUCCACUGUAAUGCAACGACUGCAAUAAAUACCUUCAUACCACAA